UCUCUUAUCAACUCCACAAAGCCCCAAACUUUAACACUUCCCCAUAAACUGGCUAUUAUGCGCCAUGACGCCCAUUAUUCCCCUCCUCCUCUCCUCUCUCCUUCUCCACAACCCGCCCUAAACGCCACCGCCGGCGACCAGCCCCCAAUGCUGGUUUCUGUUUUAUUGGCCCUUUUCCUACCGUGCGCCGGCAUGAGUGCGGUUUUCAUUGUUUAUAUUUGUCUCUUGUGGUAUGCCACGAAUUAUCGGGCUGAUUAUUCAGGGUCGUGGUCGGUUAAGCAAGUGGGUGAGAAAGGGUUGUCAGUUUCGGAGCUCGAGAAGUUGCCCAAGGUUACCGGGAAGGACCUUGUGUUGGGGACCGAGUGUGCGGUUUGUCUCGAUGAGAUCGAGGCGGAUCAAUCGGCCAGAAUGGUUCCCGGUUGUCGUCACGGCUUUCAUUUGCAAUGUGCUGAUACUUGGCUCUCGAAGCACUCGGUGUGUCCUCUUUGUAGGGCCAAGCUUGAGCCUGAGUUGUUCGAUCCUAGUGAUGAUAAUCCCUGCUAAACCUUGUUUGAGUAUAAAGUUCAGUGUUUUGGGUGUUUAUAUAAAGGGGUUUCCUAGCAAGAGAUCAAGAAAAACGUUAGUAUUUCACUUUCAUCUAUGUAUGGGUUUUCGUUUCUCUUCUGGUUUAGUGAUAUUUCAUUAGUUGAAUCAAUUCUCAUUCAU